CAUAGACAACAGUAUAAACACCAGAGAAUCAACCAUAUAACGCAAUGGCAGAAGAACAAAGAAAACUAUUAGAACAGUUAAUGGGGAAAGAAACCCUGAUACGACGGAAGGAUCCAGAAUUGACUAGUCCCAAAGUAUGUCCCAGUUUCGUUGUCGGCACAUGUCCACACGAUUUAUUUGUCGGUACCAAAAACGACCUUGGGAAAUGUCCACAAUUGCAUUUACAAAAACAUAAAUUAGAAUAUGAAUAUAGGACCAAGACGCUUAGUGAAAAAUUUCCUGAGUUGGAGUAUGAGUAUUACAAACAGUUACAACAAUAUAUUCACGAGCUUGAUCGAAAUCUUGCCAUUGCCCAGAAGAGAUUACAGCAUACCCCUGAAGAAAAGGAGAAGAUUGAGAAAGUCACUAAAGAGUUGGAUGAGUUGGAUGUGACCAUUGGGUUGAUGAUGCAAGAGAUUGAGUAUUUGAUCAAGAAUAAAGAGACAACGAAGACGUUGUUACAGUCGAUACGAUUGGACGAACUAUGCAAGGAAAGAGAAGUAUUGGCUGAGCUGGCACGAACCAUUGCUGAAAACGUUGGCCAAACUUCUCAGCAAAAGUUGCAAGUCUGUGAAGGGUGUGGUGCUUAUUUGUCACGUCUUGAUAGUGAUCGUAGAUUGGCUGAUCAUUUUAUAGGGAAAAUUCAUCUUGGAUAUGUCCAAAUGAGACAAGCUUACGAUGAGCUACAUCAUAAGUAUAGAAGAAGUGGGUAUGUAUAGAAUAAAAGUAUAUAUC